CACUCAGUGAAACCACACGUGGGUCUCUGCUCAGGGGGGAGAGCCAGCGCUGCACAGAGACUGAGAGCCGCAGGAGAAGUGUGCAUGUGUGUGUGAGGAAUCAAGACGUGGAUUUCAGCUCAGAUGGGAUGUGAGUGAGGACAAACGAUAAGUUCAACCCUUCAGGAUCAAUUCUCCAAGUCUUGAAGGCAAAGAAAAACUAAUUUCAAAUGGUCCGUAGUGGCAAAGAAAUGUAAUACCAGAGUGCAACUGUACUAGAGGACUAUCCAAAGAGCAAACAAGUGCAGGAUUGGUUCUGAAGCUAAGAGAUCCAUGCAUUAAGAACUCUAGAGUCUUACAAGCAAAAUUUGAGAUCCGUGUGGAGAGGUUUGGAGGUUUCUGCAAUGUCUUUCGCAAUGGUACGACCGGCUCCCAGCCGAUACCUGUAUUCGGAGAUCUCAAUGAUGUCAGAGGACGAUGAAAAUGGCAGCGAGAGCUCAGGCUCGGACGACCGCUCUUUUCGCUUGGACACCUCAGGGUACGACAUUAAAGUUGGAAGAAAGCGGAAACCUGGCAUAGGAGGUGGUGGACGGCUGAUAGGGUCACCAAGCAACUGCACGGGCACAAUGGGUCCAUUGCCAGAGGGCCGUCAACGCAAUGCAGCCAAUGCACGGGAGCGGGAUCGCACCAACAGUGUCAACACGGCCUUCACCGCGUUGAGAACUCUGAUCCCCACAGAGCCUGCUGACCGGAAGCUGUCCAAGAUCGAGACCUUGCGGUUGGCAUCCAGUUACAUAUCCCACCUUGGAAAUGUGCUCCUGGUGGGUGAAGCGUGCGGGGACGGACAGCCGUGCCACAGCGGAGGACCCUCGACUUCAAACUUCUACCACCACCAUGGUUCGCCAAACCAGGACUCGGAGAACUCGCAGCCCAAACAGAUCUGCACGUUUUGCCUCAGCAACCAGAGGAAAAUGAGCAAAGACAGAGAGAGGAAAUCAGCCCUGAGGAGUUAAGCCACGACGAGAAUGGAUUUACUAAACAUCAUCACCAAUGUACAAAAGCUGUUGACAGCAAAAUGCAAUGUUGUGGUGUAUAUAUGCAAAUAUCAAUUCAUAUUUAAUUAUUUGUAAAUCGUUGUUGGACAUUUUAUUGGAGAAAAAAAAAACACAUGUAUGACUGGAAAAAGACCAGACUGCAGCAACUUGGUUAUCAAAGAGCUGAACAUCCCGCCACAGCCUUCAUCCAUUUCCACCUUUUCGGUUCAUUUACACACCAAGCUCCACCAAAUGUUUAUUUUUGGCCACAGGGAGCUGAGGUAAAGCUAUUUACCAAAGACUAUCUGUACAAGAGGACGGCAUUCACAAAGCUGCAAAUGAUCACAUGACUUCCCCAGGAGACACAACAUACGGAGCCCAGCUUUGCCAAUCAAAACAAUAAAGGAACAUAUUCCUAUAUUCAAUCAAAGAGGACCUUGGGAAAGUGCUCAUAUUGAGGACAUGAAUGAAUACAAACUGAUGUUUGGCACGUUAUUUCUAACAAAAACACGAAAGACACUUAGCCUGACUAUGAAAAUGCAAUAAAUUCAUUAAAUGCAGUAUACUGUAUGUCUAAUAUGGCAAAUGACAUAUAUUCUUCAUUGUUUAAAUUAAAAAUGACUAAGCAAA